AUGGUAAGUGCAAAGAAAAAUAUUAAUUCUAGACCAGUUUCAUCUUCCUCGUCCAUAAAUGUAUCUGAUUCUUCCGUCCUUAUAGAAACAUUGGUGUUAGACGAUAAGCAGCAACAUUUUAAAAAUCACGUUUCUUCUUUAAGACUACGUGCAUCUGAUGCUCCAAGUUCUUCCACAAUUUCUGCUGGGGCAAAAGAACAGAAAGCAGAGGGAAAUAACCACAAAAAUGUAUCUUUGGCACCAUCUUCCGCUAGUUCAAAGUUAGAUGACAAAUUUUUGUAUACGAAAAGAUAUGAGCAAGUUAAGAUUUCUUUUAGCUGGCAUAUUUUAAAAACUAAAUUCAUAUAUUAUGUUUUAUCAUUAGGUUUGGUUUGUAAGAUAAUGUAUUAUGUGCAAAACUUUUUCAUUAACAUUUUAAAAGUGGGUAAAAUUCCCACGCAUGUCUCAUUUAUCAUGGAUGGUAAUAGAAGAUAUGCCAAAAAGCUAAGGCUACCCAUAGCAUCUGGUCAUAAUGCUGGUUCGUUAACUUUGUACGCAAUGGUUUAUAUUUGUAAAAGGAUUGGUGUCAAAGCUCUUUCUGUUUACGCCUUUUCAAUUGAAAAUUUUAAUAGAAGCAAAGAAGAGGUGGAUACAUUAAUGGCAUUGUUGGUGCAACGGUUGGAUGAAUUUGUUAAACAUACCAUUGAUGAAAAAGAUCAACUUUAUGGCUGCUCAAUUAAAAUAAUUGGUGAUAGGUCUUAUUUUACACAAGACAUAAAAAGGAAAAUUGAACGUGUGGAAAAAUCAUCUGCUAAGGAUCACUGUGACUUUACACUCUAUGUCUGUUGUCCAUAUACUUCAAGAAAUGAAAUAUAUCAUUCUUUAAAGAAAAAUGUUGAAAAAGUCAUUGAACAUGAGUUGGAAAUUAAUGAUAUCGGGGAAAGUACAUUAACUAAUAAUAUGUUUUACCAGCAAGGCGACGAUUACUGUGUGAAUAAAUGUGACUUAUUAAUUAGGACUAGUGGUCAUACAAGACUAAGUGACUAUAUGGCCUGGCAAUCACAUGAAAAUAGUACCAUUGUUUUUUCACCAACUUUGUGGCCGGAUUUUACCUUUACAGAAGUGUUUUUUAUUAUGUUCAAAUGGUCAUUUUUUGCCACAUUACAACAAAUUAAAGUCCCAUUUACUUUACACAGUAGUCUCUAUGGUCAUUUUCAAUAUUUGCUAUUUUAUUCUAAAUCACCACUUAAAAGACAAAAUAAUGUCUCGUUGGAAAGUCUACCUGCACCACCAAAAAGCCUAUCCAUUGUGGAAAGAAAUUGA